AUGCAAUAGACUACAAUAAGCAUUGAAAAAAUAGUUGCUUUGUCUGGAUUGUCUGGAGAAUAUAAGAGGCAUGCCAAUAGCUGCACAAACACCAGUGCUGUGCUAGCUCCAGAUCGAUGAAAACAACAUUCAAAAUGUGGAAGGCCUUUCUAUUCAUAGUUGUUGUGUGCAUUUUCACACAGCACAAUGCUUUUGCAGUUCCAGCAGAGCUGGAGCUAGAGGGAAGAGGUGAUUUCAUCUCGCCUGAGGAUGACUGCCAGGGUGACUCUUGUUCAAUGAAAGGGGAGAAGGGAGACACUGGAACACAGGGGCCACCUGGAUUCUGUGAUGCUAGCUCUUGCUCAGGACUCGUCGUAGAGAAGGGUGCACAGGGACAGAAAGGGGAAGCAGGAGAGCCAGGCAUUGAUGGUAUGGAUGGAGCUCCUGGUGACAUGGGUCCGUCUGGGCCGGCUGGUGCGACGGGGGAACCUGGGGCGCUUGGACAGCCUGGAAUGAAUGGUAUGAAGGGUGAUCAGGGAGAUCAGGGAGCUCAAGGAAGCAAGGGAGAGCCUGGAACACCUGGAAGCACCGGUAUGCCUGGCAAGAGAGGUCUUCCAGGGGCUGGGAGCCCUGGAACUGAUGGUAGUGAUGGAGCACCUGGAGAGAAGGGGGAGAGAGGAGAGCCUGGAACUACCGUCAAAGUGAUACCCGAGGUGUUGAGUGAGCCAUGCAUUGAGGGUCUGCAAGGAACCAUUCGCUUUGACCCCAAUACCAAACUGCUCUACUUCUGCAAUGGCACUAGAUGGGUGUGUAUUCAGACUAUGGAUUGCCCUGGAGAGCGACCUACCUGCCCCAGUCCAUUCGGCCCACAGCAGAUUGGAGAUAGCUGGUAUCAGGUGUUUGUGAGCAACAUCACUCAGGCGACACAGGAUGCAGCUGACAUUGUUCUGGUGAUCGAUGAAUCGGGGACAAUGUCCAUGGAGCACGCCUGGCUACUGGUCAUGAUACCUCUUCUGGAAACUAGACUCAUCAAGAAUGGUGUUGGUGAUGGCGAAAUUCGCAAUCGUUACUGUGUGAUUGGCUUUGGUGGUUUUGGUAGCCUGAGGCCAGGGCAUUUCAGAUCAGUGGGUGGACAGGCUUGCUACACUGCCGCUGAGUUCCCUCUAGCUCAGAGACAACUGGUUGCUGCAGGACUAUUUGAGGACGGUUACCAGGCUAUUAAGUUUGGACUUGACAAUGUACCUUUCAGAGAAAGCCCGUUUAUUGCAAAGAAUGUAAUCUUGGUAACUGAUGAGGGUCGUACACCGAUCAAGGAGGGGGAAGGCAUUACCCGAGCCAGCAUCGAGGCAGAGCUGAAGGCUAAGAACAUCCUCCUGAACGUGGUGGUGUUUGCUGACUACCAGUUAGAGAGUGAGCCUAACAAGACAGUAAUUGGGGUCGACGCUCGCGGAAAGUCUCUUGUUCUAGAAGUAAAUGGAGAGUUCAGUGAGACCGACCAGCGGGUGCUCAUCACAAUGGCCGAGACAAACACAGCUGAGGACUAUGUUGACCUUGCUGUUUCAGUGGGUGGGGCUGCCUGGGCUCUUCGUGUCCUGAGGGAGUCCUCUGUCAGCCAGAACAAGGACCUUCAAGAAUCGUUCACCUCUGCUCUCACUACGAUCAAGCUCAGGGAGAUUAGAGCUGUGAUUGAAUCAUGUAGGAGGUGCACCUGUGAUGCUAGUGAGGACGGUCUCGACAGUGCUAUGGCCAACUGUGUCAUCGCAGAGGAUGAGGUAUUCUGCAGAUGUGUGCUGGAGAAUGCUGGAGACGCUAGCAUGUGUCAGUCCGGGCAGCCAGGCACUGAUGGUGACAACAGAGUGUCUGGUGGUCUAGUGCAGACUGGUAGCUCCAUCACCAGCAUAGACAGAUCUCCAGACUUCACUAUGGUCAACGCUGAGAUACUCAACCCAUAAUUGAACUGUGUUUGAACUCUUAACUACUCUGACGUAUGAAAUUGCUUUUGAUUUCAUGAAUCUACCCCUGCAUUUUACACUUCAUAGUAUUAACAGUCAAUGUGCUGAACCCAUGUUAUUAUUGCGUAUGCAUUCCCAAAUUAAGCAAACAUUUUUGUCAGCAAGUAAUAAUUAUAUUCUUCUGUGUGAAGACAAA